CCGAUGGCAUGUAUAAAAGCGCCAAUGCAGCAGUUAACGCCACAGUAUUACGUCCAGAAGACAAUUGAAUCAAACGAUGCUAAACUUUCUAAAAUUUCUAGCACUCUUUGCGCUGCUCUCCGCGGCUGCAAGUACAGCAACAAACACAGCUUGGUGGAAAAGCGCCUCAUUCUACCAAAUAUACCCACGCUCCUUCAAGGACAGCGAUGGCGAUGGCAUUGGAGACUUGAGAGGCAUUACCCAACAUCUGGUCUACCUCAGGGAAAUCGGCAUUGAUGCUACUUGGCUGUCGCCCAUUUUUACAUCACCCAACGCGGACUUUGGUUAUGAUGUGUCCAAUUUCACCGAAAUCGACAAAAUGUAUGGCACAUUGGAAGACUUCAAGGUUCUUCUCGCAAACGCAAAACAAUUGGGCGUGCGAAUCAUUUUGGACUUUGUACCGAACCACUCCAGUGAUGAAUGCGAAUGGUUUAUUAAGUCUGCCAAGAAUGAUCCGGAAUAUAAGGACUUCUACAUUUGGCAUCCGGGCAAAAUAUCCGAAAAUGGCACUCGAGUGCCGCCAAACAAUUGGAUAAGUAAUUUUCGCGGUUCGGCGUGGACGUGGAAUGAAGAUCGUCAAGAAUACUACCUACAUCAGUUCCACGCCAAGCAGCCAGAUCUCAACUACAAUAAUCCAAAAGUGCGCGAAUUCAUGAAGGAUGUGCUGCGUUACUGGUUGCGCUUGGGUGUUGCCGGCUUCCGUGUCGACGCUGUGCGAUAUAUCUACGAAAUAGCUGCCGAUGCGGACGGCAAUUAUCCUGAUGAGCCCCGUAACACUGAAGUUAAUGACCCCGAAGACUACCUGUCCCUACAGCACAUCUACACUACAGAUCAACCUCAGUCGCUUGAAGUGAUUUAUGAGUUUCGUCAGGUCUUGAAGGAAUUCGAUGAGGAGCUGGGUGGCGACGAACACAUCCUCAUGACCGAGGCAUAUUCGCCAAUUGAUGUGGUAAUGCAAUACUACGGAAAUAGCUCCACAGAUGGCGCUCAAAUACCUUUCAAUUUCCAACUAAUCGACUAUUUGGACAAACAUUCUAAUGCUUACCACUACUCUGAACUCAUAAACAAAUGGCUGGAAAGCAUGCCAGCCGGGCGCGUAGCCAAUUGGGUAUUAGGCAAUCAUGACCAGAGUCGCAUUGGUACUCGUUUAGGCGCCGAUCGCAUUGACUUGAUCAACGUAAUGCUGAAGACCUUGCCUGGCGUAAGUGUCACCUAUCAAGGCGAGGAGAUUGGCAUGACGGAUGUUUGGAUUUCUUGGGAAGAGACCGUCGAUCCACAAGGUUGUCAAUCGAAUCCAGAAGUAUAUGAACGUCUAAGUCGUGAUCCGGUGCGUACGCCCUUCCAGUGGAAUGACGGACACAAAGCCGGCUUUACCGAGGGCAAUGCAUCAUGGUUACCUCUGGCUGAGGAUUAUAAACUGGUGAAUGUGAAGCGUGAACGAGGCAUUGCUUAUAGUCAUCUAAAUGUGUACAAGCGGCUCCAGGAAUUGCGUGCACAAAAUACAAUCCGCGAGGGAGAAACUGAAGUGAAGGCUGUCAACGCAAAUGUAUUGGGCAUUAAGCGAUACCUCACUGGUGAACGAACAUUCGUUGUACUCUUGAAUCUAAACGACGUAUUUCAAACGAUCGACUUGAAUGCCACUUUUAAUGAUCUACCCACUGUAUUGGAGUAUGUAUUGGUGAUGGAUAGAGGUUUGAGACGAAAGGGGUAAGAUAUUCUUAAGCUCCUCUUUGCCCACUUAACUUAACUUUAAUUCUUAAAUUUAACUUUUUAGUGACAAGGCUAAAAGCAACUUCAUUGUACUGCUUCCUAA